GGUUAACGGACUCGCUGCCACCUUGUUUAAAACCCUGCAACGCCGCCCUUUCAAGAAGCGGCGCCGCCUCCCGUCGGAUUUCGCUUUCCCCACCGAGCUCGCCUGAAAUUCUUCGGGUUGUCUUUCUCUCUCUCUCUCCUCCUCUGAUCUUCUCGUCAUUCUCGAAUUUGCUCUCGCGGAAUCGCCACACCCUGGACUGAAGAAAAGGCCGCGCUUUUGGAUCCCGCCGGGAGAGCUUUCGUUUCUCGUUCGGUCGCGCAGCAGAAAACCCGGAGAGACAAGGUGAGUGCGAGAUGGAAGAAAUGGAUUUCGAUAGUUUGAUUCCAUAUCUCGGGACGGUUAAUCCCGGUUUCGAAAUCGAAGCAUUUAAGGACGAUCUGCAACUCAUUCUGUUCAAGGUUGACGAGUUGGAGAAAAGGGUUAAAGAGGUCGAGCAAGUCUAUGAUGAUCAAAGUAAAAAGCAACCGACCACCUCCAAAGGUAGCACACUAGGCAAGGACGAGAGGCAGGUUAACGGUCUCAAGAAGCUGCAACAGGAUGCUUGUAAUAGGGAAGCCGCUGCGGCGAAGAGAAUGCAGCAGCUUAUCAGUCAGUUUGGCAUAAUACUCCGCCAGAUCACUCAGCACAAAUGGGCGUGGCCCUUCCUGCAACCUGUGGAUGUCAAAGCUCUCGGUUUGCAUGACUAUCAUAAAGUAAUUGACAAGCCAAUGGACUUCAGUACGAUUAAAAAGCAAAUGGAGGCCGCUGAUGGUACUGCUUAUAAACAUGUCCGAGAGAUAUGUGCUGAUGUGAGGCUGGUCUUCAAAAAUGCUAUGAAGUACAAUGAUGAAAAGAGCGAUAUUCAUGUCAUGGCCAAGACAUUACUCCGAAAAUUUGAGGAGAAGUGGCUCCAACUAUAUCCUAAAGUUACGGAGGAGGAAGAAAGACUACAACAGGAAGAGGCAGAGGCGCAGAUAGAUAUGCAACUUGCUAAGGAAGCUGCUAAUGCCAAAAUGGCCAGGGAAAUAAGUUGCGAGCUUUUUGAGGUCGAUAUGUAUCUGGAAGAACUCAGGGCAAGUGUUAUCUCAAAGUGCAGGAAAAUCUCAACAGAAGAAAAAAGAAAAAUAGCGGCGGCCCUUGAUAAAUUGCCAGUUGAGGAUGUUGACAAGGCUUUGGAGAUCGUUGCUCAGUAUGAUCCGAACUUCCAAUCAAAGGGUGAUCUUGUGGACCUAGAUCUAGAUGCUCAGAACGAAUCCACUUUGUGGAAGUUGAAAUUUUUCAUUAAGGAUGCCCUUGAAGCUCAAGCAAGGAGUUCAGCCGUCGUCGAUGUCGACAACAACCAGGAUCGCAGUAAUAACAAUAAUGGCAACAACAACAACAGCAACAAGAAGAGGAAGAAGGAAAUAUGUACUGCCCUUGCUAGAACUGCGAAGAAAAAGGGUCUGAAGCCCUUGUCCUAAACAUGCCGAACCAAGAACCAAGAAAUAUGUAUCAGUAUGUACUAACGCUUUUUUCUGGGCAUAUUGAUGAUCAUGAGUUUUUAAUUUCCUAUCUUGAUUUAAUUAAAAAAA